AUGGAUACACUACUACCGCAUGAGGAGGCUGACUUUGUACCGCCCUCGCAUCGGGAUAAGCCCUACACUGGCUCGGGACUGCUGUCUAAACUGCCCUUCAUGAAGCCAGCCUUGGAAGCGCAGCAGGCCGAAGCAGCGGCCGACGACAGCUCCUCACAGGGUCCCGGCUCCCCUCAUUCUUCUUCUGCAACAGCGCAGCCGAAAACACGGCGACGGCGUGGCUCCCUUAGAAAGGUCGCUCUACUCGGCAGAGGGGCUCAACGAGACAGGCGAGACGGCAGCAAACCCUUGGCAAUUGAUACGGCCCAGGCCACAGCAUAUGUCCAGGUACCUGGAAAUGUUGAUACUACGCUUUCUAUAAGCAGCCACGAUGCUCUAGGUCUUAAGACGACGGAGAUACAAGCACUGGCGAAGUCCAGUGCGUCGCCGAGGACUCAUGUUGGCCCCGGCGGCGCAGCUAGCCCGGAGCGUGACGCAGAUCCUCAAAUAACACAGGAUACAUCAACGACUGAUGAGGAUGAUAUCCUUCAUAUUUCGCAUAAUGCCAUCCCCCCAAGGCCGAAUUUGUCAGCAUCUUCGUCGGGGUCGGAGUCAUACUUUGCCGCACGCGGCUCGUCCCCUCGCCGGAGCCCCUUCCAGCCGGCAAAGUCACCACUAUCUUACAGCGGCAUUUCUACAAACACAAUACCUAACUCGGAGGCGGAUUGGGACUAUGCGGAGACAGAGUGGUGGGGGUGGGUUGUCCUCACCGUAACCUGGCUAGUCUUUGUUAUCGGCAUGGGCAGCUGCCUUGACAUUUGGAGUUGGGCAUGGGACGUUGGAAAGACACCGUAUGCGCCGCCCGAGUUGGAGGAUGACCCUACAUUGCCCAUUGUUGGUUAUUACCCUGCCCUUAUGAUACUCACGUGCGUUAUGGCCUGGGUUUGGGUUGUGGUGGCGUGGGUGGGCAUGAAGUAUUUUCGGCAUGCCAAAAUUAGCGGGGACUAG